AUGGGGAAGUUAGGCGGCGCUUUGCUGGUCGCCGUAGCGGCGUACCUCUCUUACUCGAUUUUCAUCAUGUACAACGAGACGCAGCCGCCCGUGUACCGUCCUGAAGGGGACAGCGAAAGUGGAAAGACGGAGCCGUCGAUCAGCCGCAAUCGGUUUUCUCCCGACGUCCUCCUCUCCUACGAGUUCUUCCUCUCGCCUUACCAAGGCCUGCCGCCGCUGCGGAACCUCCUCGAGGCAAAGAGUGACAAACGUUUCUUCCACUUGGGCUCGGUGAACAGUCGGCCGUAUGACUGGGAACGAGAGGCGCAGCUGCGCGAGGAAGAGCAGCGAAACUGGAGUUUCUUCGAGAGAAUGCGCGAGGCUCUGAAUUUUUCGGGGAAAGAAAAGUCGGAUUUGGAGGUGAUUGUUCCGGAGCAUCUUCGAAAUAAUACGACGCUGUACGUACACGUGAGGACCCGCGAUGCUCGGAGUGGCGAGGAGCUUCCGCUCCAAGCUGUUCAAAGGCUCUCUUCUCCCGUGGUGCCGGAUCACCUCAAAGUGCUCAAGCGCUAUCUUCUAGAGGAUCCCUGGGGUACGAGAUUGGCAGAGGCGACGACGCACCUGCAAGUUCCUCCUCCACCGGUCGAGUCUGUCCCCGAGUACAUUCAGAUCGGCCCUGUGCUCGAGCAUCGGCCGCUGCUGACGGCAUCCCUUCUUCGCACGUUCGGUCCGAACUCGCCGAUUGUUGACAUCGAGAAGAAGACUUACGCGCUCCCCAUUCAUGUCAACGCGAUGAUCUCGCCGGAGGAUGAACAUCUGCCUCUCGUGACGCUUCCACACGAAAGUUUCGUCCUUCUUCCAGAGGAACGGCGUCGCUCGGCAGCGGCGACGCCUCUGAAAAUCAAAUACAAACCCACAGGUUACGCUUCUUGGCUCUUCCUCCUGAUUAUGGGGCAAGCCGUCGGAAGUCUGCAGCGCAUGCAGUUUUCUUCGUACGACGUCAAUUCAGUCAAGAUGAUGAUGGGGAGCUCCUCGCCGUGGGUGCUCCUCCUCGUCUACCUCAUUUCCCUUCUCCACCUCGUUUUCGAGGUCCUCGCACUCUACUCGGACGUGACGUUUUGGCGCGGCCAAGAAAACCUCGCGCAGAAUUUCUCUGCGAGCGGCUUGCUGAUUGAGAUGGCGCUCGAAAUCGUGACGAUUCUGUACGUACGCGACAACGGCGACUCAUUCCUCGUCCAAAUCUUCAUCUUCCUUCGUCUGCUUCUUAACGCGUGGAAGCUGAGGAAACUGGUCACCUUCACCCUCAGUUCUUCGCCUCCCUACUUCUUCAAGAUGCGGAGUGUCUCUUCUCCGAGUGCCUCCGAGGCGUCUGUCUCGGAAACGGGGAACUCGAGAGAGACGAACAAGAAAGAAACGCCUAAGCCUGUCGCUGUGGACUUCGAGGAACUGCAGCGCUUCGAGAAUUCAUGCAUGUGGUACCUCUUCCUCCUUUUCCUCCCCGUCGUGAUCGGCGUCUCCCUGCACCAACUUGUCUACGUUCCUCAGAAAGGCUGGUGGUCGUGGGUUGUCACUUCCCUCGCGACUUGCGGAUACACCUUCGGUUUCGUCUCCAUGACGCCGCAGCUCUUUCGAAACUACAAGCUGCAGUCCGUCACACAUCUGCCUUGGACCGUCCUCGGCUACCAGUUCACAAAUACGUUCAUCGACGACCUCUUCUCCUGCUUCAUUCGGAUGCCCAAAAUGCACAGGAUGAGCGUCUUCCGGGAUGACGUCGUCUUCGUCGUCUUCCUCAUCCAGCGGUGGCUGUAUCGACACAACAAGCAGCGCGAGGACGCGGAGGCUUCAUGUCAGGAAGAACUGGAAGUCAAAAAGACGAAGUGA